AUGUUCAGUGAGCAAGCCAAUGGAAAUAAUCGGCCACGCGAAUGGUGGCACCAUCUUACACUCACCCUGCUAUUAAAAUUCGUGAUACUUGCACCAAAGAAGCCUGAUAUCACUACGACAACAUCACCAUCAUCAAAACCACCAUCAACAUCAGCAUCAUCAACGACGACGUCAUUAUCACCAACUGCUACCGUGCCAUUAAUAGCAGCUGCGACUACGAAUCAACAACCGGGUAUAUGUAGUUGCUAUCCAUCUCGUUCACGGUUACAUUAA